AUUUUCUUCUUGUUGGAAGAACUUGAGAAUUGAGGAGACGAAAGUGAAUAAUGAAAAUUAAGUUUUGCAAGAAGUGAAAAUUUGCAGAGAAGAAAAGAGUGCAGAAAAAUGCUUCUCUCCAUUCCAGACAGUGUCAGGAGGCUAUGGGAGAGAUGGAAUCUUCGAGGACUCAUUAUUGUCAGUCUCUCACUGCAAGCCUUCUUGAUCAUGUUUGCAUCAUCAAGAAAACGAAGAGGUGGAUGGAAAAUUGUCACGUUUAUCUGGUCAGCUUAUCUGCUUGCGGACUGGGUUGCUACAGUUGCCAUUGGACUCAUCUCUAGCGGCCUCGGACUCACCCCCAGCAGUCAGGCUAACAUGUCGACUCAUGAAAGCAAUGACAUCUUGGCUUUUUGGGCACCAUUUCUUUUGUUGCAUCUUGGUGGCCCCGACACGAUUACAUCUUUCGCCCUAGAGGACAACGAGUUGUGGGUUAGGCACAUGCUUGGGCUUGCAUUACAGGUUCUAUCUACAAUCUAUGUCUUGCUUCAAUCACUCCCAAAGAACAUUCUGUGGCUCCCUUCCGGGUUCAUGUUUAUUGCAGGAAUAAUCAAAUAUGCAGAGCGGACUCGUGCUUUGUAUCUUGCAAGCUCGAAUCAUUUUGAAGAAUCUGCAUGUAGAAAGCCAAACCCCUCCGCCGUUGAAUAUCAAAGGAUUCAGAGGAGGUACUCUUCAAUUAAACGAGCUUACCUUCCAGCACGAAUAGCACGAAUAGCAAUGAUAAAAAGAUCAGAAGAGAAUUUUGAAAACAUGGAGUACCUAGAAGACUUUCGUUUUUCAAGGGGAUAUUUUGAAUCAACGAGAAUUUUACAGUUUGCAUUUGAAUUCUUUGAUACUUUGAAGGGGUUAGUUGCAGGACUUCCUCUUAGUCCAGAAGAACGCAGGGAGAGCCGAGCGUUUUUUCUCAGGCUACAUCCAAAUUACGUGAUCCAAAUCAUAGAGAUUGAGCUCAGCAUUUUGUAUGAGGUUCUUCAUACCAAGGUGCAGGUGAUACGCUGUAAAGGUGGAUACAUUUUCCGCAGUGUUAGUUUUGGUUGCAUCUUGGGUGCCUUCUUUUCAUUCUUAUUUGUUAAGAAGCAUUCGUUCCAAAUGUUUGACAUCAGGCUAACCUACGGUUUACUGAUUGGUGCCAUGGUAUUGGACUUCAUUUCUCUCAUCUUUGUCAUUUUUUCUGACUGGACUUUUCGGCACGAGUAUGGGGACAAGGGGGCCAAAAAUCUUGCAUUUAGAGUUAUCAAUAGGCGCAGGUGGUCUGAAUCUGUGUCCCAGUACAAUUUUUUUACUUAUUGCUUAAAGGAUUAUCCAGAAUGGGUAAACAAGCUGGCCGAAGCUCUGCGCUUGAGGAGUAUCUUGGAAGCCAUUAAUGGAAUGCAACAUCGGUCCUCCAAGAAAUUCAGAAAAAAUGAAGAAUGGCACUUCAUUUGCAGUGAACUGAUGAAAAAGUCUUGGACUGCCGAGACCGUGGCACAGGGUAAGAGGAUUUCUUUACAAAGAGGGGAUGGAAUUCUCAGCAAAUGUGAAAAUGAGAAUCUGAGGCAGAGCAUUCAUGAUUUUGAAUACACGGAAAGCCUUCUAAUGUGGCACAUUGCGACAGAGUUUUGUGACGAAGACAAAGCUGAGGUCGAGUUAUGUGACGAAAACGAAGCUGAGGACGGGCCUUCAUCUGAGAAUAUUGAUUAUAAAUCAAUAUGCAAAUUACUUUCGGAUUAUAUGUUUUACCUUCUGAUGAUGCAGCCAACAAUGAUGGCUCCUGUGUACGGCAAUUGGAAGUUGGUAUUCCAAGACACAUUUGCAGAGACCAAGAGAUUCUUGUCUGAAGAUCCCGUUUCAACUCCAGAGGCGGCCUGCGAAGCGAUCCGUAAAGUGGGAGCACAAAUGAAGCCUAGGGCUUUAAAAGGUGGAGAAAGCAUAUCGAUAUUGUUUGAUGCAGUAAUCCUCGCUGACGAACUCAAGAAGUUGAAUGUUAAGCGAUGGGAACUGAUGAGCAAAGUUUGGGUAGAAUUCAUGUCCUAUGCAGCGAUUAAUUGUAGGGCAUAUGUCCAUGCGCAGCAACCAAGUAACGGGGGAGAACUUCUGACUUUCGUUUGGUUAUUGAUGAAUCAUUUGGGAUUGGGAACUCAAGUUACCGAACGUGAAGCAGUUGAAUGGAAGUUUGUUGCGGGAAAGUGAAUCAAAAUGAAAUUGUAGAAGUUGAUUUUGUGUCUUCCUCUCAUCUUUCUUUCUUUGGGACCAAAUGAAAAUGAUGGGUGAUAUUUGUAUGGAUAUUUUUAGUAGAACUCGACUCUGCAUUCGUCAAUAAGACAAGGGUUAGUGA